AAAGUGACGAAGACAGACUGCGCCGCGUGCGCCGGGUCACGGGCAGCGAGUUUGGCAUUCCGCAAAGGUCGAGCCAUUACGGCUGGAUCUCGGUCGGCCCUUUGUGCGGAAUGGCGACCGCUCUGCUGAUGAUGACGAGAUCGGAUCGGCAAGACGCGAGUCCCAAACCUUAGCGCCCCGAUGUUUCGGCGUGGAAGGCCCGGGACUGAGACCAAAUAUCGAGGACUCGGACUUGUAGGGUUUUUCUCCAGGAACAAAAAGAGGUGCAACAUCUGACAAGAGGCUGUCCAGGAGCAGUAAUAACUCCGAAGGAAAGUGCCUCACGAUCAGACUCAGUUUUCACAAAACCGACCAUCUGUCACGAGCAGUCCUGUCUAGGACAUGUCAAACACACCUUGAAGUGAACCGGAAUCAGAAACUUCGACCCGUUUCAGCUACCAGAAAACGCAGAUAAGACGUCACCAUGACGACACAAGGGGUGCUACUGAAAGUGCGGAUGACUGGAGGCCCGCCAUGGGGCCUGCGAUUUAUGGGCGGGCAAGGCACACCCAUCUGCAUCUCAAAGAUCCGACGAAAAAGUAAAGCUUUCAACGCCAACUUACAGGAAGGAGACGAAGUGUUAAGUGUCAACGGCAGGAACGUUCGCAAUGGGGCAUGUGACAUCGCCAUGGGUUACGUAGAUGCCGCUGUGGAUACGCUAGACCUAGAACUUGUGAGACGUGGAUCUGGUGCCCCUACCAUGCCGAUCAACGCUUCAUCCACAGAACACAUGAAUGGUAACACAGAGAUACGACGGGUACCAACCUACCAGAUUACAACUUCGCAAAAGCCAAGGCAACCAGGACACGCCGGCCACAAGCAGACAUCUACGACUACGCAUGUGCAAACUAGAACAGAUGGAGGUGUGAGGGAAGAGACGAUCACUAAGACAAUCACAGAACGCAUCGGGGAGGAAGCGAAGACCACGACCAAACGGGAUGUCAAGACGUACGGUGCUCCGCAGGAUACAACCGACAGCACAGGAACGGGCAGGCAAGGACGAGGUAGCGCUGUCACAUUUCACGCUCCUAAGAUCAACGUGGCGGCCAAACCAGAGAUCUGGUCGCCACCUGGAAAAUCGCAACCUGUCAAGAAACCCACAUUAGCAUAUUCCAGCAGCGCACCGGCGCAUGCCACCACAGCGCAUGUGCAGUACACUGGAAGCGUGCCGACGGGGUCGGCACCGAAGCCCAAGACACCUUUUCUGGAGAGCAAACAGGAACAGAAUGUGCCGACAAAGCCCAUGCGCUGGGAGCCGCAGAUCCAUUACUCGACCACGCCCAAGAUGGAGUCUGAAGCUCCCUCAACCACGACCUGGAGUGGCUCCGUCAGCGGACCAAGACGGACAUCAGUCGGUCAGGAGGUCACCAUCACUUUUGCUCCUCAAGGGUUUAUGGCUAAGAGGCCUUCCGUCGACAUUGGGAAACCACCGUCUUUUAUCGCUCCAGUUGUGGAAGAGCCAGUUUCUGCCUCUACCACAGUCGAAGUCGAAAAAAAGCCAGUUUACAAGGAGGAGCCAACAGUCAUCCUGAGACGUGCAGCACCACCUCCAGACAGACCAGACAGCAAAAGCACAAUCGAUGAAACAGACAAAUCAGAAAUUAAGAGGCCUUAUUCGUAUCCGGGAAAACACUCAGAGGACGAUCCAGAGAUCACUACAGAGAUGAGGAUGAAGGCAUGCAAGACCAUAGCUGACCUACUUAUGUUCCCCGCCGACAAACACGCCAAGGGAGCCCGGAUGUUUGCCAAGCGGCGUAAGCGAAGUGAGCGGUGGUCGGUCGAGGGUAUGGGUCAAAAUGUCGAAGAGGAGAAAGACGGGGAGGAGGAAGAGGAGGCUAUGGACAGAGGCGUGGAGAUUACCCUGGUUGCAUCUGGGAGGAAGCCGUUACCGCCAGGCGCUGUGCCGAUCGGGAUGCCCCUCCCUCCACCACCACCACCACCUGAACCAGGCAAGCCUUUUAUACCACAAGCGCCCCCACCCCCUCCACCGGGCACUAAGUACAGACUCAAAGUGGAGCCGACAAACUUCAAGGUCAACCUGAAAAAGAAGGAUGUCUGUGAGCACAACAUCGUCAGCCCCGAGCAGAUGGGCCGCCUGGUCGUAGACUUGAAGGCUGCCAGCGGCCGAGGAGCUAACAUGUUCGAGAGGCGCCGCCAAAGAUCAGAUCAAUACGUCAUCGAUGAGAGCAACGUCAAAGCUCCCCCGGUCAUGAAAAAUACCGCUAAGCCAAAAGGAAUCGCCUCAGCCAGUAUUACCAUGAAACAGGACAACCAAAUACACUUCCCAAAGAAAUCCCCUUGGGAAGCAGCAAUGGAAUCGCCUGUAGGUAGUUGCGAUGCCGCUUUUGAACAUAUUCAGAAGAAGAGACCAUCUCUUACGCAGGUAGACAGUUCAAUGAAAGGGCCUCCUCCACAAACCAAACCAAAACCGCAGGCAUCACGAAUGGGCCACGACACGCUGUCAAAAGCUCACUCUGACCCAGCCCAAAUCAGGCCAAGGUUUACAGCCAACGAUCCCAAUUCUGCCGUACAGCUCCCGACAGGAUCUGGCUCUCCGAGUUUCAAACCUAAAUUCAGCGCCAGAAUGGUAUCAUCCGAGACUUCGCAAAGUGGCAUCACGAAGUCGAACGACUUCAAUCCUAAGCCUCGCGGCUGGAACUCCCCAGUGCAUUCGGGCGAGACGCCCCUUGCGUCAAUGAACUCGGCCGAUGAUGGACAAACUACGACAUUCUCCGCCAUAAGGCCGACCAGAGUCGGUUCAGACUAUAAUCGGAAGCCUCGCGGAUGGACAGCCACCGGUGAUGCAACCGCAAAUGCUGCCGCCAACGGCAGACCGGCAAGUUACAAUUAUUCUAAGCCCGCUAGAUUCGCUGUACAUACGGGACGCGAAACUGCCGACCUAUGAUUGGCUGAGGAGCAUCAAAUAAGAGCAUGCCAAUGUUUUUUUCUUGAAUAUUACUGCUGUGAUUGUGAGUAAGUUUUUGGCCGUUUACACAUCCCCUUUUAUUAUAAGCACCUUGUUCAUUUUAAACUAUGUAAUCGAAAUAUUAACUUUUAAUUAAUGAAAAUGAAAUCAGGCUACGACAUGAGAUCAGACGUCAAUAAAAAGGAUACUGAAACAUGUUACCCACAUUUUGAUUCCUGAUUUGUCAGAUAAAACUGAUCAUGUAUAGGGCACGCAGUUUUUGGAAAUUAUAGCAAUAGCAAAUACGAAUGCUUUUGUAUUAUUUAGCACCUAUAUUUAAUCCUGUACAAAAUGGUAAAUUUGUUUUGUGAGUCCACUGUUUGCUUAUCAGACCAUCACUGAAAAGUAGAAAUUGCUAAUUUAUAAAAUAGAGAUUGUUGAAAACUUGUGACCAUAUUUUGCACCAUUAUAUGUUAGCUUGUACAUUGCAAUGCACAAAGUCAAUCGAUUAGCUUUGCUUGAUAUCAAUAUUUACAUUCAGCCCAACGUGUAAAAACUGGUCAAAUUCUCCCGUUUGCUGAAAAUAUUCAGAGACUGUAACAUUUAAGGAUUGUUUCUCUUGAAGUGGAAACACUAUAGAUUUUCUGAUAGAACAGGUUAUGUAUAUUUGCUCAUGUAACCUUCUCUUCAUAUGCAUACAUGUAUAAGAUUAUUUGUGUUGUCUGAGAGAAACAGCACACUGCAUUCAACAGGGAAACAGACGUGUUGCGUUUCUGUUAUACAUUGACUAUCAGAUUCAAGGAUUUUAGGGUUUGGUUUCUUCUUUUUAUGAGUCAAGAAGUAUUCAUAGAGUUCUCAAAGAAUAACUGGUAUUUCAAGCUGUCUACAGAAAAUUCCUCACUGAAUUACCGCGAAGGAGGUUUUGAUAUUACGUCUAUGAAUACAAGUUCUUUUUUGAUAUUUAAAACAUGCAGGAGGGCGCAUAAUGGUAAACAAAAGUAGGUUAAGGUGAAUGGACAGGUGUUUUGGCGCCAAAUGCAGAUUCAUGGGUUACAUAUUCAUAAGUUAUAGUUGAAGUCGAGUCUGAGGAGAGUUGUCAAAGAUCAUUAGGCAGAAAUAGCACAACUUAUUUUGCAGACUAGUUCUCGCAAACGUGAGAAAAUGAAAAUGGCGCAUCGUGACGGAGAUCUAGAAUUAGUUGGGGCUUGCAGGAAGAUAACAUGGUAGGAUAAAAAUCGAUGGAGAUUCUUAAGUAUAAAAGCAGAAAGAUUUACUUAGUUCUUUUUGACGAGAAAGAACACUAAGUAGUUUGAGGCAAUGAUGACUACCGUAAGGAUGACUGAGCAUUGCGAGCAACUGCACCACAAUGCUCCUGGAUAAUGACGGCCCACAAAAUCAUUUGGUGAAAAAUUUCUUGGUCGCAAUUUUGGAAAGGAUAAUUUCACUGCUGGUGCUAGCAACUGGUCGUGUCUGGAGAUUUUGGUGAUUACUGAGAUAGCACAGUUUUGAGGCAGCAGAAGCCCGUGCAGCUAUCGGACGUUUCAGGAUGCAAAAUCCCAAACGUGAUUCUGUAAUUUGGCGCAAGAGGACAAAAGUAACAUGUCGAAGUAGUAAAAGGGUCGCCAUUAAAGAUACCAUCUUUGAUUUAAAUUACAACUUGUAAAGUUUUAUUAAGAGAAAGACCUUUCAGGGACAUCACACGCUGGGCUUCCUGGACUGGUAAACAGUAAUGCAUUUCAGGUUUAUUUGUUAAAGUGUAAAGUUGGUUUUAAAGGAGAUGGUACUAUUUUCAUUGACAAAGCGGUAUCAAAUUACCACAGUCGUUGGUUAGUUCAAGUAAAAUUUGGUCAACGUAGCGAGAGUUUUCAUAGAGAGUAUAGGUGGUUGACGUUCUGACCAACAGGGGUCAAAAUUCCACGUUUUGAGCAAAGGUUUGCCGUAUGUUUAGUAGAGUGUGGUUCUCCAUAAUUUUGAAUGAUCCGCAUGUCGAAACAGCCGUUUAACCAGAAAGCUUCACAAGUGAAACAUGAGACUAUAGCUUAAUUGACGGUCGGAGUGUAAAAAAUAUAAUUCCCCAAACUAAAAAGGAUAAUUUUCCACUUUAAUUUAAUAUUUAAAAAGUACAUACUAAAUAGAAGUGAACAAAGAAAAGCAAUUUCAAUUCGCUUUAAAAGAAAACACUCAAAUGUGCUGUUGAUCUUUUUGCAGUCUUCGGGUUUGGAAUACUGAAUUACCAGCAUGUCAUUUUGAAAUGAAGAUUGUCGAGUUUUAAGUGAUUUUGUCGAAAUUUCUUUGAACACGACUGUUUUAGUAUUUAAGUGUGUAAUUAGUGUGAGAUAGGGCCGCAUUGGAAGUUGUGCAGUUAUGGGGUUGUAUUUCUGCUGAAACAACUGAUGUUUAGAGAGUAAAUAAACGAUGACUCGAAAGAGACAAAAGGACUAGAAAGAACUCAAAUCCUUUCAGAAUUAAGUUAAUGUUUGAAGCUUUAGUUGGCAUUUAUGUCAAAAAAGAGAGGCUGGUAUUUUUAGUUAAUAGCAAAACAAUUUAAGCAUUAUUUCAUA